CAUGCAAUGUCUCUCUUUUCUUGCCUCAGCAUUUCUAUAUAAUCCACACCGCUCUCUUCACUACUAAACAUUUAUUUCAAAAAUGACAAAGCUGUUGCCAUCGCCGUUUAGCUCAUUACUCGCCGUCGUUUUCAUCUCCCUCAUCUCCAUCGUCCACUGUUGCUCCCCUAAAGAUCAGACGGCUCUCAAUGCUUUCAAGUCGUCACUUAACGAGCCCAACCUCGGAAUCUUCAACACCUGGUCCGAAAACACUGACUGCUGCAAAGGAUGGUACGGUAUCAGCUGCGAUCCUGAUUCGGGUCGGGUCACGGAUAUUUCUCUACGCGGCGAAUCCGAAGACGCGAUUUUUCAAAAAGCUGGCCGGUCCGGUUAUAUGACCGGUUCGAUUGACCCGGCGGUUUGUGACUUAACCGCAUUGAGUUCCUUCGUUCUCGCUGACUGGAAAGGAAUCUCCGGCGAGAUUCCGACGUGCAUAACCUCAUUAGCCUCGCUCCGUGUCAUCGACCUCGCCGGGAACAAGAUCACUGGAGAGAUUCCGGCGGAAAUCGGUAAACUCACCAAACUCGCCGUUCUAAACCUCGCGGAGAAUCGGAUGUCCGGCGAGAUACCUCCGUCGCUGACGUCACUCGCCGAGUUAAAGCAUCUCGAGCUAACGGAAAACGGAAUUUCCGGCGAGAUUCCGGCGGAUUUCGGAUCGUUGAAGAUGUUGAGCAGGGCGUUGCUGGGGCGUAACGAACUCGCCGGGUCGAUUCCCGGGUCGAUCUCGGGUAUGAAACGAUUAGCGGAUCUGGAUCUAUCCAGGAACCAUAUCGAAGGUCCGAUACCUGAGUGGAUGGGUAGCAUGAAGGUGCUCUCUGUUUUGAAUCUCGAUAGCAACUCGUUAACCGGUCCAAUACCCGGUUCAAUCCUCAGCAAUUCCGGUUUUGGUGUUUUGAAUCUGAGCCGGAACGCGUUGGAAGGAUCCAUACCGGAUGUUUUCGGGUCUACAACGUAUUUCAUGUCGCUUGAUUUGUCACACAAUAAUCUAUCGGGUCGGAUCCCUGAUUCGCUCUCGUCCGCAAAGUUUGUGGGCCAUCUCGAUAUUAGCCAUAACAGGCUUUGUGGGCCGAUUCCAAUGGGCUCCCCUUUUGAUCACCUUGAAGCGUCGUCGUUUAGUGACAACGAGUGUUUGUGCGGUGGCCCUUUGAUGAAGACAUGUUAAGUAAUAAAUAAGGGAUGUGAUGGGUUUAAUCAAGUCUCCUGUCGCUCUUGUUCGUCGUAUCCCAGUUUGUUUAUAUUCUUCGCUUGCUUUGUUUUUCUUUGAAUUAUAAGCUUUAUACACCUAGUCUGUGUCCUGGUGUAUGUAAAAUGUAAAAGCAAUGUUAUAGAUCUUAAAUGUUUUAGAAAUAUAUAUAUAUCUUUUCAAAAAUA